AUGGAAUGUUUUGAUGAAUGGUUCAGUUUAUAUUUUUUGAUAGCUUUUUUAUUUAUAAUAUCUAUUAAUUUAAUUGGAAAUAUUAAAGGUUUAAGAUAUAUGUAUUGGGAUAUGAUUUAUUAUAUUAUGCCUGAACGUGUUCAGGCUGGUAUUUAUUUAUUAUUUUAUCCGUUGUUGGCUUCUUUACCAUUGUUGAUUGCUUUAUUAAAUUUUUAUCAGAUGAAUGGAACUUUAUAUUUAUAUGGAUUUUUGGGUGAUGAAGUUAGUAAUUUAAAAUGCCUAUAUUUAUGGUUCAUUUAUGAUUACCUAAGGCUCAUGUUGAAGCUCCUAUUUCUGCUCAUGUUGGCAGGUGUUUUGUUAAAAUUGGGUGGUUAUGGAUUAAUGCGUGUUUUUGGUAUUAUAGUGGAUUUGAAAUCAUUAAUUGCUUAUUCAUCUGUUGUGCAUAUAGAAAUAGUUUUAGGUGGUUUAAUGACUUUGAAUUCUUGGGGUUUUUGUGGUUGUUAUUUGAUAAUAAUUGGAUAUGGAUUAUGUUCUUCUGGUUUAUUUUGGUUAUCAAAUACUAUUUAUGAGCGAUUAGGAAGUCGUAGAUUAAUUAUUAAUAAGGGAUUAAUA